AUGUUUUCAAUAAUUGACAAACAAAUCUCAAACAUAAGUGGAAUAUGUGAACUACUUAGUGGAGAGCUCGUUCUCGUUGACAAUUACAAUUGCCGUAUAAAGCUCCUGAACCAGUCCUAUCAGAUUGUCGAUCACUGUGACGUUCCAACUUAUCCAGGAGAUGCAUGCCACAUCGCGGGCAAUGAGUUGGCGGUUUCUGUCAACUGUAAUGGUAAGGACAGACAUGAAGUUCUUUUCUUCAACGUGAUGAAUUUAAAGCUAAAACAGACAAGAAAGUUAACGUUCAAUCACAUAGUACGACAAAUAGCUUAUCGUUCAGGGCGUAUGUUUAUCGCAUCUUUUACUGCACUUUACUCUUACGACAAAGCAGGCAAUGAUAGGAGAAAGAUGUUUGAGGACGAGUCGGAUACAGAGACCGUUUACAGUUGUGCUGUAAGCUCUGAUGGCAGUAAAAUUUACAUCACAAGUUACUCAAAAGAUGAGCUUCUAACACUGCAUAGAACAGGAUUUAAAUUAGAGACGUUCAGCGAUCCUGAUAUGAAAGGUCAACGCGCCAUACACGUGUCACCUCUGGGCCACGUUUUUGUCUGCUCGUAUAGUUCAAAAACCGUAAUUCAAGUGGAAAGGGAAGGAAAGAGGAAGCUGGCUACACUGGCUACGCAGGCUGAUGGAUUGGUGAAACCACAUUCACUGUGUUACAGUAGUCGUUCAUCCAGCGUUUUUGUAGGACAACAUGAAAAUAACAACAUUAUUGUGUUGAAGGUGAAAUAAUGAAUUACAAAAACGUUCAUCAGAAGAUUUUGUACACUCGAUAAUAAGCCUACUUCUAUAAAAAUAGACUUUGCGUGAGUGUGAGAACUUGUUAAUAAUAAUAUAUAUGUUAGCUUUUAUUAAGAAUGUUAGAGUGAUAUACCGCUGGGUGUACAAUGUGUGAUUUAUUGCUGAGUUGUACAACAUUAUAUAAAAAAAUAUACAUAUUGCAAAAAAGUAUCAUAUCUUUGAUUGAUUGUAAAUACUAAACUUGUAAAUCAUUAUUUGAAUAAUCUUGAUUGCCAAAUGAACAUUAUCAUAUAUUGUUUUAAUACUAUAUAUAUAUAUCUUAUUCAGCUUCAGAUGAUUUUUUUAUCCUGAAAACAUAAAUUAUGUUGUUAUUGUUAUUUUGUUUACUUAUACAGACUCUGUUUUAUUCUACCUAUUCACCGGAUUCAACAGCUUACAUAUUGCAAAAAAGUAUCAUAUCUUUGAUUGAUUGUAAAUACUUAACUUGUAAAUCAUUAUUUGAAUAAUCUUGAUUGCCAAAUGAACAUUAUCACAUAUUGUUUUAAUACUAUAUAUAUAUAUCUUAUUCAGCUUCAGAUGAUUUUUUUACCUGAAAACAUAAAUUAUGUUGUUAUUGUUAUUUUGUUUACUUAUACAGCCUCUGUUUUAUUCUACCGAUUCACCGGAUUCAACAGCUUAUAACUCAUUGGUGAAAAUAUAAUUUCGAGCACUAAUCGUUCGAUAAAUUAUAAAUGGACCUUUAAAAAUUAUAAUUGAGUAUAAAGAAUGCGUUAUCUCAAUUUCCUGGUUGGCAUGCAAAUUAAGUUAACAGAAAAGAUGAAAAGGAGAAUUUAACAUAUAUGGUUAUCUUAGAGCUGUUCUCUUACAGAUUAAUAGUUUUUACCAAAAAUAAAGUGUUUUUUCUCUAAAUCAGCUCUUUUUUGUAACAAGGCCUUCAUUUCAGUCAUGUAAGAUAACUCAAGACAUAACAGUUUCAAUAUUUGGAAAACUGCCGAAAAUAUCAUUUUUCUUAAAGCUGCACUUUCACAGAUUUACCGUUCUUACAACUUUUUUUAAUUUUUGUCUUGGAAUGAGCAAUUUUUGCGUAAA